UGAGAGAAAGAAUGAGGAAGAGCUCCUGGUCCCAACAACACAUGCGGGCUUGCUGAUGAGGCGCCGCCGCGGUCAUUCAGGUCGCUCCGGAGGCGCUCCGUGGAAACAAGCCGCCGGCAGCCGCCGAGACAACAUCGCCACCACCACCGAGAGGUAAACAAACAAAGAUAGACGGAAGGAAACAAAACAAAAAAAGUGUCCGUUCAUGGGAAUCCGGACCGGUUCUGCCCCCCUCGUCUGUUUUGAGCCUCGCCGCCGUAUAAGAAGCGCCUCACUCGGAUCACCUCCACUCCUCCUCGGCCGGCAGACGCGGCUCCUCCCCCGGGCUGCACUCACCGCUCACGGCGCGUAAAGAAAGCGAAGGUUCUUCAUAGUUGGGUGCCAUUCCGGACGUCACCAUGGCGCGAAGGCUGCCAGCGCUUGCCCUCGUCCUCCUCAUCGAGCUCCAUCCUCUGCUCGCCGGCGCCCCGCCAGAGCCCGGCGUGGGCGGCUCGGUGUCGGCGGUGUCCACCAACAGAACGGAAUGCAGCAAGCCUGAGGAGUGCUCGCCGGGCGUGGUCCUCCCCGUGUGGAAGCCCGUGAACCCGUCGUUCGGCGACAAGGUGGCCCGGGCCACGGUGUACUUCGUGGCUCUGUUCUACAUGUUCCUGGGCGUGUCCAUCAUCGCCGACCGAUUCAUGGCGUCCAUCGAGGUGAUCACGUCCCAGGAGAAGGAGAUCACCAUCAAGAAGCCCAACGGCGAAACCACCACCACGACCGUCCGCAUCUGGAACGAGACCGUCUCCAAUCUCACCCUCAUGGCGCUGGGCUCCUCGGCUCCCGAGAUCCUGCUGUCGGUCAUCGAGGUCAUAGGUCACGGCUUCCACGCCGGCACCCUGGGCCCGUCCACCAUCGUGGGCUCGGCAGCCUUCAACAUGUUCGUCAUCAUCGGGAUUUGCGUGUACGUGGUGCCCGACGGCGAGACCAGGAAGGUGAAGCACCUGCGGGUGUUCUUCGUCACGGCCUCCUGGAGUAUCUUCGCCUACAUCUGGCUCUACCUGAUCCUGUCCGUCAUCUCGCCCGGCGUGGUGCAGGUGUGGGAGGCGCUGCUCACCUUCUUCUUCUUCCCCAUCUGCGUGGUCUUCGCCUGGGUGGCGGACCGCCGCCUCCUCUUCUACAAGUACGUCUACAAGCGCUACAGGACCGGCAAGCAGCGGGGAAUGAUCAUCGAAACCGAGGGCGACCGUCCGCUUCCUUCUAAGGUGGACAUCGAGAUGGACGGCAAGAUGCUGAACUCUCACUGCGUCGAUUUCCUGGACGGUCCGCUGGGUUUGGACAUCGACGAGAAGGACUUGGACGAGGAUGAGACCAGGAGAGACAUGGCGAAAAUCCUGAAGGAGCUCAAGCAGAAGCACCCCGACAAAGAGGUGGAGCAGCUCAUCGAGCUGGCCAACUACCAGGUCCUCAGCCAGCAGCAGAAGAGUCGCGCUUUCUACCGCUGCCAGGCCACCCGCCUCAUGACGGGCGCCGGCAAUAUCCUGAAGAAGCACGCCGCCGACCAGGCGCGGAAGGCCGUCAGCAUGCAGGAGGUCCGCGCCGACGUCGCCGACAACGACCCCGUCUCCAAGGUCUUUUUCGAGCCCGCCACCUACCAGUGCCUGGAGAACUGCGGCACCGUGGCGGUGAACGUGGUGCGGCGCGGCGGCGACCUGGCCAAGACCCUCUCUGUGGAGUACCGCACGGAAGACGGCACGGCCAACGCCGGCUCGGACUACGAGUUCACCGAGGGCGUGGUGGUGUUCAAGCCCGGCGAGACCCUCAAGGAGAUCCGCGUGGGGAUCAUCGACGACGACAUCUUCGAGGAGGACGAGAACUUCCUCAUCCACCUCUCCAACGUGAAGAUGCUGACCUCGGAGGGGGAGGAAGCCGCCGAGGACGAGUCGGCCAACCACGUGGACGCGGCAGCCUGCCUGGGCCUGCCCUCCACGGCGACCGUCACCAUCUUCGACGACGACCACGCCGGCAUCUUUACCUUCGAGGAGCCCGUGUUCCACGUGAGCGAGAGCGUGGGCACCAUGGAGGUGAAGGUGCUGAGAACGUCGGGCGCCCGCGGCGUGGUCAUGCUGCCCUACAAGACGGUGGAAGGCACGGCGCGGGGCGGCGGCGAGGACUUCGAAGACGUGCACGGCGUCCUGGAGUUCCAGAACGACGAGAUCUUUAAAAUCAUCAAGGUGAAGGUCAUUGACGACGAGGAGUACGAGAAGAACAAAACCUUCUACGUAGAGAUCGGAGAGCCUCGCCUGGUGGAGAGCGACGACUCCAAAGGUCGGGAGGAGGAGGAGAAGCAGAAGCAGGAGGAGGUGGAGAAGGAGGAGGAGGAGGAGGAGGCGCUGACAGGAAAGGACGAGGAGGAAAGACGCAUCGCUGAGAUGGGUCGCCCCAUGCUGGGAGACCACGUCAAACUGGAGGUGAUCAUCGAGGAGUCCUAUGAGUUCAAGAACACAGUGGACAAGCUGAUAAAGAAGACCAACCUGGCUCUGCUGGUAGGAACCAACAGCUGGAGAGACCAGUUCAUCGAGGCCAUCACCGUCAGCGCAGGCGAGGACGACGACGACGACGAGUGCGGCGAGGAGAAGCUGCCGUCGUGCUUCGACUACGUCAUGCACUUCCUCACCGUCUUCUGGAAGGUUCUGUUCGCCUUCGUGCCGCCCACAGACUACUGGAACGGCUGGGCGUGCUUCGUGGUGUCCAUCUGCAUGAUCGGGCUGCUCACCGCCAUCAUCGGCGACCUGGCGUGUCAUUUUGGCUGCACAGUCGGCCUGAAAGACUCCGUCACAGCUGUUGUGUUUGUGGCGUUGGGAACGUCAGUACCAGACACCUUUGCCAGCAAGGUGGCGGCCAUCCAGGAUCAGUACGCCGACGCCUCCAUUGGCAACGUGACAGGAUCCAAUGCUGUCAACGUGUUCCUGGGCAUUGGGGUGGCGUGGUCCAUCGCCGCCAUCUACCACCAGAGCAUGGGGAACGAGUUCAGGGUGGACCCGGGCAAGCUGGCCUUCUCCGUCACGCUCUUCACCAUCUUUGCCUUCAUCUGCGUCGCCAUACUGAUGUACCGGCGGCGGCCGGAGAUCGGUGGCGAGCUGGGCGGGCCGCGGACUGCCAAGGUCCUGACCACCAUGCUCUUCGUCAGCCUGUGGCUCCUCUACAUCCUCUUCUCCUCGCUGGAGGCCUACUGCCACAUCCAGGGCUUCUAGGACCACCAGCCUGCGGGGACGGGCCGUCUUUGCUCUCUUCAUUCCCAAGUUACGGAGGGACACGUGGAGCAGGAGAGUUCUUUGAAUGCAUUUCUUUUUUUUCUUUUGUUUUUCUCAACUUAAACAUGAAGCCACUAAAAAAACUCGUCUUAAGUCCCCAUUUUCACACACCUGGUAGAAAAUCGAGCGAAAGGACUGAAAUUGUCGCGUACAGGUCGAGUCGCGUACUGUGAAAAGACAAAAACACGUUUUCGCCGCGUGAGACUGAAAAACGCUUUCGUCGGCUUGUAGAAAACGCCCGCCGGAGGGGGGGGAGGGGGCCAGCGAAAAUGUAAAUAUGGCCGACUUUCCUCUCUGUUUAGCUGAAUGUUGCGGCUCUGCUCUCCUCUUUCUCUUGCUUUGGAGACGAGACGAGCGGGGAAGGGGGUCAGCCUGCUUAUACCUUUAAUAAGGCCACACAACAUGGCCGCUGUACCGUUUAAAACUGUUAGAGUGCAUAAACACACGCAUAUAAAUAUAUAUGUAUAAAUAUCUAGGUUCAUUUAACGUGUUUGUUUCCAAGAAAGUAAGGUAAAACCUCAUAGAUGUGUGUCUUAAUGAAACCCCGCCCCCCUGUCGCCAAUAGACCAAUCAGAAUCCUUAAGGGCUUUGCAGUAACGACUCCUUGUUUUGUCUUCAGGAUGAUUAUUGUCAGACCUUCCUGCUAUCACAGGAAGUGCGAGCGGCGUCAGGUAGACUUGGAAAUCUCAAGUUUGGAGAAAAAUGUGAGUAAAUUAUCACAAAAUGUCUUAAAUUUUUUUUUUUUUUUUUUUUUUUUUUUUUGGACAACCCAAGAAAAAAAAAGGCAUGUCCGCACUGCAAAAACGGACAUCUAAGCAAGCUCAAAAAUGUCAACAAUGCAUCUUUUGUCGGACCAAUUUGCGUAUCUUAAGUAAUAUGAACUAAAAAUUGCUUCUUAAAUGGCCCGUUUUAUCCUCAUUUCACUACUUCGAGGCUUCAAUGUCCCGCACUAGUAUUGGAAGGGUUAGCUUUCAUGCUAGCAUUUAGCACAAGUUGCUCUGAAGAAGAACUGUGGUGUACUUCUAAAACACACACUGGAACUCUUGUCCAACGUAAUGGAUGUUUUAUAUCAAAUACAACUUUGUAACUUUAAGGAGUGGGACAAACUUUAGCAACACGAGCAUAGCUAUGUUAGCUGCAUGCUAACUAUACACUCACAUUUUAAAACAGCCGCAUCAUGCUAGGUUAGCUUAUUGGCUAAUUUGGCUUUAUUUGUUGUAUAUUGGCUUAUUGGCUAGAUGUUGUUUUAUUAUAAUUCUCCUUUGGCUAAAGGUUUUGUUUACCUCGAUUUCCAUUUAACCCUCAGAGGACAAAUACAGACUUUUUUUUGUUUUAUCAGUAAAUUACACAGAUUGUUUUUCAUGUUACUCCGGCAGUAAUUACAUACAAAAUACAAUACCUCUUUUUCAUGUUAAAUUUACAGAUACUCCGGCAGUAAUUACAUACAAAAUACAAUACCUCAAAGCCAUUUUUUAAAGGGCAUAAAAACAUUUGGAGUCUUUUUUUUAUUUACUUUUUUUGCUCAGAUCUCAGCCCUGAACAAAAAGACCGAACAUGUAUUUGUUUAACCUUUUUAAUGUCUCUUGAUCAAAUGGUGUCACAGCUGGCAAUCAGUACAAAUUUGCAUAACAUCAUUUAUUUUACUAAUUUAAAUCGGUGACAUUAUCUGAUCAAAAAGCCUUAGAAAAGUUAAAAAAAAAAAAAAAAAAAGAUUUAAAAAAAAGACAUAUUUUUUUAGGGGUGCACCGAAAAGUAAUCUCAUGUCCGAAUCGGGAUUUUCGAAAAACAAAUGUUUUUUAUUUAUUUUUAAAAAACAUGUUUUUUUGUUUUUUUAAUUACUCAUUUAAAUCUGUGAUUUUAUCUGAUCAAAAAGCCUUAAAAAAUUUAAAAAAAAAAAAAAAAAAAAGGUAAAAAAAAAAAAAGACAUUUUUUUCAGGGGUGCACCGAAAAGUAAUCUCAUGUCCGAAUCGGGAUUUUCAAAAAACAAAUGUUUUUUAUUAAUUUUAAAAAAACAUGUUUUUUUGUUUUUUUAAUUACUCAUUUAAAUCUGUCAUAUUAUCUGAUCAAAAAGCCUUAAAAAAGUUUUUAAAAAAAAUAUAUAUAUAUUUUUUUAGUGGUGCACCGAAAAGUAAUCUCAUGUCCGAAUUGGGAUUUUCAAAAAACAAAUGUUAUUUAUUUAUUUUAAAAAAACAUGUUUUUUUGUUUUUUUAAUUACUCAUUUAAAUCUGUGACAUUAUCUGAUUAAAAAGGUAAAAAAAUUAUUAAAAAAGACAUAGUUUUUAGGGGUGCACCGAAAAAGUAAUCUCAUGUCCGAAUCGGGAUUUUAAAAAAACAAAUAUAUUUUUUAUUUAUUUAAGAAAUACAUGUUUUUUUGUUUUUUUAAUUACUAAUUUAAAUCUGUGACUGUAGAGGUCUUGCUCUACCGGGUUCUCUGGACCACCCAAGAUGGACAUUACAGCCGUGUCCAUCUUUGCGUACAAUGAUUUAUUUUUCAAUAAUUGGGGAUAGGUUGAUUGGCAACACUAAAUGGUCCGUAGUGUGUGAAUGUUGUCUGUCUAUCUGUGUUGGCCCUGCGAUGAGGUGGCGACUUGUCCAGGGUGUACCCCGCCUUCCGCCCGAUUGUAGCUGAGAUAGGCUCCAGCGGUAGAAAAUGGAUGGAUGGAUGGUGCUUUUCAGCCAUGUGUCAGUUUCUCCACCAUCAACAACCUUUCUCCUUCCCAACCGCUGCCUUUACAGAGCGGCAGCUCAUCAGACAACCACUCACAGCUGUGUCAUCUACGCACCUGCCGCUAAUCUCGAAGCCGGUCCUGACACACCCCGCUUCUCCGCAGGCCCGCAGGCCACGCCCCACCACAGUGACAUUAUCUGGUCAAAAAGCCUGUAAAAAGGUACAAAAAAACAUUAUAUAUUUUCGGGUUGCACAAAAAAGUAAUUUCAUAUCCGAAUCGUGAUUUUUUUAUUUUUUUUAAAUAUAUAUUUUUUUGGUAUUUCAUUUUUUUAUGUAAGAAUAGAUUUUUGAAAAUAUGUUUUAGGCCAUAGCCAUGCAAACCAGAAAGAGCAAGCCACAGGUGUGAAAAUGAAAGGCCUGGGGGCCAGCUCCGUCAUUUAGUGUGGCCCGCGAAAGUGUGUCUUUUCUUACUAAACGUACUCAACUUUCCAUUUGACAGAAAAAAAUACAUGUACUGCAAACAAUUUCAUAUCUUUCGAACUUCAUCCGAUAAUACAUCCCAAACUUUUUUUGUUUAAAUCAAAAUAAGUACUUAAAUAUUGUCUUGACUCAUCUUUUUAAAGAAGUUAUCCAUCAAAUUGUGCACUGCAAAAAUAAUUUUUACGGUAAAGAAAAAAAAUGGUAGAUUUGUCAGCAAAAUUUUACUGUAAAUAAAAACAAAACUGCCGUAUGAUUUUCCAUUUACAGUAAAACAACGCAAAACAGCGAAAACCGUAGAUUUUACAGUAAAAAAAAAAAGUCUUUUUUUUUACUGUAAAAUCUUCCUAUUUUUUUUACAGUCAACGUAAAAAAUAUAUAAAAUAAAUACAUAAUUGUGUGAUCAUAUAAUGAGGCAAUUCAUAUUUAUAUGUUGUUCACUGUUACAAGCGGCCCUCAAUGAAAACGAGUUUGACACACCUGCUCUAAGCUACUUUAAAAAAGUUUCAUUACAAUCAUUAUUCCAAACAAUAAAUUGCGAAAAUCGGUUUGACACGCGAAUCGUGUCAAAUCGAUUUGUCACCCCAGGAAUUAAAGUUAAAGUCCCAACAAUAGUCACACACACACUAGGUGUCGUGAAAUUACUCUCUGCAUUUGACCCAUCCCCUUAUUCCACCCCCUGGAAGGUGAGGGGAGCAGUGAGCAGCAGCGGUGGCCGCGCCCGGGAAUCAUUUGGUGAUUUAACCCCCAAUUCCAACCCUUGAUGCUGAGUGCCAAGCAGGGUAAUGGCUCCCAUUUUUAUAGUCUUUGGUAUGACUCGGCCGGGGUUUGAACUCUUGACCUACCAAUCUCAGGGCGGACACUCUAACCACAAGGGAAUCGGAUCAAAUUUUUAGGUGUCGAAGGAUUCAAAUCCUUGAUAUAUUUGACAUUUUUGCUUAGAACUAAAGUUUCUUGAGAAAUUUGAGCAAAAAAAAUCUGAAAUAUUGAGGAUUUUGAUGUCCUGGGUUAAUGAAUCUUGCUUAGAUUUCAGAUUUUGCAGUGUGACAGAGUCCUGUUUUCUCACUUUCCACCAAACUUUCCACCAAGUUUCACGUUUCCAGGGUUAUCAGGACUUUUCCCCACACUUUGGUGUUGUUGUUUUUUUUUUUAAAGAACUCACUCGCAAAUAAUCCCCUGAAAACUAUUCAGUGGCUGACCUCAAGUUUUCUAUACGCUUUUAAUCACAAAUCACUUUCCCGACUGUUAACCGCCAAAACAUCGGAACUUGAAGUACUAAACCUCGAUGGCCGUCUCGGACCCAACUUUCCUGCUGAUUUUUGAUUUUUUUUCUACUUGAUAUAUUUGGAAAUGUCAUCCGUAAGUAUGUAGAUAAGUAGACGUAAUCCGUUUCGAGUCCAACCCCCCGUGCUUUGUGAAACUCCAAGCCAUCGGGGCCGUGGAAAACAUGGAAGCGACGACUCUAGAAAGGCGCUCUGACGUACGGCAAUUAGGACGCCGCCCAUAUUCCAAACUCUGCAUGAUGCACGACUUUUACCCCCGUCGGGACUUCUCCUUGAAGGCCUUGGAGUGCCAGUUUACCCCUGUUUUGUCAAAGGGACACAUUUCUAUCCGAACAUUUGCUGUCCACAAGGGUUUUCUAGCCUUUUUCUGAACACGGAAGAGAGGGGGGAAGAAAAAAAAACACACGCCAAACGCUUAAAAGCUGAGCGCCACGUUGAAAUUUCUAGAUGUUACUUGUCUCUUCACUGGCAUGGGGCCGAAGGUUUAUACACUGUAAAAAGUUACGCUUAUCCGUGCGAGAGAAAAAAAGAGGAAAUUGUGUCGUGAAGGCAUCACUUUUUGAAUAGCGUCAACUUGUGACCGUGGAUUGGGCUCGUUGUUGUUUGGACUUACUGAAAAUCGUACGUGUGCACCAAUGAUACGCUUGUAGUUUGCAACCACGUAGCUUUUAUCUGCCAGCCAAACCUUGUCUUUUUUUAGUGGGGAGGCGACCCCUUGCUGCACUCGCUGUUUCUGCAAGGCUUGAGAGUAGGAAAACGAUGCACUCAAGGCUGCUGGGAAAUCGGAAAAUGUCAACCAAAAAACUAACUGACAGAAAACACUAAAACUUUUUUAAACCUAAAAAGUGUCAUUCACACAUAAAAUUUGUCAAAAUAAGGCCACAAAAUGACAUAUUUCACUUUCACUCUGAGCACAGACUAAUGUGUUGAGGACCGUUCAACAAAAUUGUAAAAAUAUACAGUAAUCUGGGCCACAAAAUUAGA